UGAUCGACUCAGAAAUUAGAUAGAGCUCAGUGAGCAAGGAAUGAGGGACAGGAGUGCGGGUUUAUAUCUGAGAGCGCUAACACUGAGAAAAAUCAUACUUUUUUCCCCCUUUCACUGUAAUAGGAACGCAGCUCUUGCAGGUUUUGAAUCAGACGCACUUUUGUGGGAGUUUGUGUUGAGAUAUGAGUCUUGCAAACUAAAUGGAUGUGGUGCUAGACGUGUAAGGAGGAAUACACAGCUUAUCUAUACAGUGUAUGUCUUGAUACGUGCUUAUAGGUUGUUUUUUUUUUUGUUUUGUUGAGUUUUCUCGUUUGUUGGUUGGUUGGUUUGGGCUGCCCAGCCAUGGCAUGGUUCAAAGACUUCCCUAUUAACUUAAAAACUGGAGCGGACCGGAUCCGAUCCGCUUCCGACACGGGUUCGUCACCGAACCCCCGGGCUAAACUCGGGACAGCGGCCGGCACGGGUGCCGCAAAGAGCGCCGGCAAACAUUCUGGAACUUGGCGUAAGAAUUCGGCGGUGGUGGAAGGGUCAGCUUCGGUGCUGACCGGUAAAAAUCGUAAAAAUUCGGCAAUCGAGCUCGGCAGGACCGGUCCCGUCACGACCGGGAGCAAAGAAGGCAAGAUUAGCAGUUGGGACAUCUCGAGUUUUAUCCCGGGUAAAAGUCGAAAGAAUUCCCGGGCAGAGCCCGGGCUGGAGGAGUCCCGGGGCGGUAAGGGCGGACCCGGCUCCGCUAGAACCUACAUCAGCCGGUUGAUCAAGGUGGACAAACACGAGAAAAACGGGAAGAAUUAUAACGGCUCUGCGGCGGGGUCUCCCGCAGCCGGGGGAGCGGAUCAAGAAAAAGGCAAAACGUGCGCAAGCAAACAAGAUACGGUGAUAAUUCUGGAAGACUACGCGGACCCCUACGAUGCAAAGCGGACGAAGGGCCAGCGGGACGCGGAGAGAGUCGGGGAGAACGACGGCUACAUGGAACCCUACGACGCGCAGCUGAUCAUAACGGAAAUUCGCAGGCGCGGCUCCAAGGACCUCCUGUGCAAGCAGCAGCCGCUGCUGUACGACCCCCCCAGCGAGGGGGAGGGGGGGACCCCCCAGACCGCCCAGCUCUACGACACCCCAGAGGGUAAGGGGGAGGGGGAGGGGGCGCGCCCCGAAAACGACGAGCGCCCCGCGGGAGAGUACGAGCAGCCCUGGGAAUGGAAGAAAGAGGAGAUCGUGAAGGCGCUGUCCGUGCAGUUCGAGAGCUCCGAGCGCACCCCCCCCUCGAAGGACGAGCCCCCCGGCCCCACCCGGCAGCAGCACCACAGGCAGAAGAGCUGGACUCAGAAGGUGCUGAAACAGCAGCAGCAGCAGCCGCUGUCCUCGAGCCAGCCGCAGCCCCAGCCCCAGCCUGCAGGGGGCAGCAGCGAGGCAGCAGAGAGCAGGGUGGACCCCACACUGCCCCUGGACAAGCAGAGCUGGUAUCACGGCUCGAUCUCUCGGGGGGAGGCGGAGUCUCUUCUGCAGCCCUGUAAGGAGGCGAGCUUCCUCAUCCGGAACAGCGAAUCAGGAAACAGCAAGUACUCCAUCGCCCUGAAGACCAGCCAGGGCUGUGUUCACAUCAUCGUGGCUCAAACUAAAGACAACAAGUUCACCUUGAACCAGAGCAGCUGUGUGCUGGACAGCAUCCCCGCAGUGGUGCAUCACUACACCCGAGAGAAACUCCCCUUCAAGGGGGCGGAGCACAUGGCUCUGCUCCACCCACUGCACCGGCACCACUGAUCCCCAUUGGCCCUCCUCGUCUCUCACACAGCCCGCCCCCUCUCAGAAACUCCCCUUCAAGGGGGCGGAGCACAUGGCUCUGCUCCACCCACUGCACCGGCACCACUGAUCCCCAUUGGCCCUCCUCCUCUCUCACACAGCCCGCCCCCUCUCAGAACCUCCCCUUCAAGGGGACGGAGCACAUGGCUCUGCUCCACCCACUGCACCGGCACCACUGAUCCCCAUUGGCCCUCCUCGUCUCUCACACAGCCCGCCCC